GGUCUGGAUUAAUCAAUAUUAUAUUUCAUCAUUACAGGUCCAAGAAUUGCGCCCAAGUCCUGUACAUGGUGUCCGGUAGCACGACCAACGGCUACUACCAGCUGGUGGACAACCAUGGAAACACCUACAAGGCCUACUGCGACUUCAACUCUGAACCGGGAGUGGCCUGGACCCUGAUGAUGUCAUUCAGCCUUACCAACAAUGCCAGCCUCAAUUACGGAGCACACCGCUGUCCCGUGAUGCGCCGUGGUUGUGCUUUCUCUGCAGUUCCCGGUUCUGUGCAUUCUGAGGAUAACUUCGGGUAUUAUGGGAUUGUGAAUAACAAGUCCAGAUGCACCGAGUCCCCUUCCAUUACCACUCAGUACUGGUUUGGCGGAAGCAAGUAGCUUUACACCUCGUAUUAGAUAAGCCGCAAUACACAAGCUCCUCCUUUCUUAAUGAUUGGGAGCGUUUAGAGGUUUGUAUUAAGACUGAA